GCCUCGGUUUGCCUGCCCACCUGUCAGGGAGGCCUAGCCAGAGCACAUGUGGUAAGCAGCUGGUUUCCUCUUAAGAACCUAUAGCCCCAGGGUCGUGCCAGUGCAUUCAUCAGACAGCCAACAGGAUACCCACACCGUCACCAUCACAGGCUUCCUCUAAGUCGCACAUCAGGUACUUUCCAGGCCCUCACUACUUGGGCAUUAGAGCUGGCCACAAGAACUGGCCCUUUCCUGGGCUGGAGGCCAAGUAAGAUUCCUAAGAAUUGAGCCUGGGCAGGUUCCUGGGCAUUAAGAUUGGGCACCAAAGCUGGAGACUUACUCAGUAGCUGUGGUUCCAGAGAGCAGAAGAGCCAUGGGAGAUCCAGUGAUUCAUCCAUCAGUGUUCAUUGUGGAUGGACAGACAGAUGUGCCCCUCCCCCGGCGGGGAGGGAGCAGGCAGCGGACAUGUCAGAGAACACAGCUGUGCCUGGGGCUCCUACUGCUACUGGCGUUGGCUGGUGUAGCUAUCGAAGGGUAUUUCCUAUGGAGAUUCCAUUGGGACCUGAUGGCCCUCAGCCUUCGGCUACCGAAAGAGGAGGGCUCCUUGGAGAAGCUGGUUCAGGAGCGGAGAUCCUAUCAGAACAAGCCAGCAGCUCACCUCACAGGGGCCAACUCAAGCCUGGCAGUGAGGGGUGGACCACUGCUCUGGGAGGCCCAUUUGGGCCUAGCUUUUCUUCGAGAUCUGGACUAUCGAGCAGGAUCACUGGUGUGCACCCAGCCUGGCUACUAUUACAUCUACUCAAAGGUGCAGCUUGGCGGUGUUGGAUGUCCAGAAGGGUCAGCGACUGGUGGACCUGUUACCCACGGGCUCUACAAGCGCACACCCCGAUACCCCGAGGAGCUGGAGCUGCUGGUCAGCCGUCGGUCCUCCUGUGGCUGGGCGGGGGACUCGGCCAGGGUCUGGUGGGACAGCAGUUUCCUGGGUGGUGUGGUCCACCUUGAAGCUGGUGAGGAAGUCUUUGUCCGAGUGCUAGAAGAGAGACUGGUCAGGGUCAAGGAUGGGACCCGCUCCUAUUUUGGGGCCUUCAUGGUUUAAGGUGCCUCAGUUUUUCCAUCUACAAAACAAGGGAUUUGGAUUAGAUAAUCUCUAUGCUUUCU